AUGGAUGCAGUACCGUGCCGUCUGGUGUUUUUCGCGCUGCUCUUUGGAGUCAGGAUCCAGCACACUGAAGGUACGAACAGCGGCGCUGCGUUCUGCGCUCCGCCCGUCAGUGCCGUUCGUCCGGGGGCCGUCGGAGGGCUGCUCUUUGUUUGCAUGCAACUGCAGCCCCAAAGAGAGUCUUUCUACAAAGAUGGCGCAGGGCCCCUGCGGAGACAGCAGGCGUCUGUUUCUCUGCUCGUGUUUUCUGACGUCUCUCUCCUGCUCUCUUGUUCAGUGCCAACGCAGAAGCCAGCGGUGUUGGGGCCCGUAGCGUUCGCGGCCCUGAUCGCGGGGCCCGUGUGUGUGGUGUGCUUCCUGAUGGUCACCAUCUUCUACAUCUGCCACAGCCGCUCGGUCCUCCACCACCGCGUGCCUAACGAGGAAGACCCCUCCAUGGACCACCCCUUCAUCACAGUGGGAACCACACUCAAAGACCUGAUCUACGACAUGACCACAUCCGGCUCUGGCUCCGGGCUUCCUCUGCUGGUGCAGCGGACCAUCGCCAGGACCAUCAUCCUGCAGGACAGCAUCGGGAAGGGCCGCUUCGGGGAGGUGUGGAGGGGCAAGUGGAGAGGAGAGGAGGUGGCCGUCAAGAUCUUCUCCUCCAGAGAGGAGCGCUCCUGGUUCCGCGAGGCUGAGAUCUACCAGACCGUGAUGCUGCGGCACGAGAACAUCCUCGGCUUCAUCGCCGCCGACAACAAAGAUAACGGCACGUGGACGCAGCUGUGGCUGGUGUCGGACUAUCACGAGCACGGCUCUCUGUUCGACUAUCUGAACCGCUACACAGUGACGGUGGAGGGCAUGAUCAAGCUGUCUCUGUCCACAGCCAGCGGCCUGGCGCACCUGCACAUGGAGAUCGUGGGAACGCAAGGCAAGCCUGCUAUCGCUCACAGGGAUCUGAAGUCCAAGAACAUCCUGGUGAAGAAGAACGGCACGUGCUGCAUCGCAGACCUGGGUUUAGCUGUGCGCCACGACUCCGCCACCGACACCAUCGACAUCGCACCCAACCACAGAGUGGGCACCAAACGGUAUAUGGCUCCAGAAGUGCUUGACGAUUCAAUAAACAUGAAGCACUUUGAGUCUUUCAAGAGGGCAGACAUCUAUGCCAUGGGGCUGGUCUUCUGGGAAAUUGCCAGCAGAUGUUCUAUUGGAGGCAUUCACGAGGACUACCAGCUGCCGUACUAUGACCUGGUGCAGUCCGACCCGUCGGUGGAGGAGAUGAGGAGAGUCGUGUGCGAACAGAAACUACGGCCCAACAUCCCAAACAGAUGGCAGAGCUGUGAGGCUCUGCGUGUGAUGGCGAAGAUCAUGAGGGAGUGCUGGUACGCCAACGGAGCGGCCCGUCUCACAGCCCUGCGCAUCAAGAAGACGCUGUCCCAGCUCAGCCAGCAGGAGGGCAUCAAGAUGUAGAGCAUUCCUUUCCCAUCAUCCUUCAGAACCGCAUCACACGCAGCACUUUCACUGACGCCUGCCGCUCGUUUCUGCGUCUCGGUCUUUAACACGGACUCCUGAGGAUGAUGGGCCGUCAUUCUCACUCGGAGCACCAGACCGCGUCGAACACAAGAAGGGUUCUUUUAUUAUUUAUAAGCGGCCGGUGGAUUUGAGUUUGGUUUUUCUCCCAUGGAGGUUUGAUUGAUUUGCACCUGGUGUUUAAUUUCCGCUUAUCACUGCAGUUCUUCAGGUCGGCUGGACUUUUAAUACAUGUGUUCUGUUUUUGCAAAAACAAAACUGGACAUGACCUCAUUCAGUCCUGGCGAACAUGCGUGACAUAUGCAAUACAGAUGAAACCUAUCGACUUUAUAUUUUUACUGCUCUGCUACAACAACUACGAUGACAACCAUGCCUUCCAAGCCAGGUGUUACCAGCAAGUGCCACUGCUUUGAACCAACCAACCAACUAACCAACUAACCAACCCACCCUCACGGUGCGCUGGGAUUCUCUUAUGCACACGGAGCGAGAGCGGGCCGCUGGUGCCGUUCUUCAUUCUCUCUGCCUCUCAUUCUCUUCACUGAGGGAUGUAACAACUAUCAGACCUCUUCAUUUACAGCUGGAUUCACAGGAACGGGCUGCGAUCGGACGGCCGGUUACAGCGAGGUGCCCACCACUGACGCUCGACGCAAGCCGGCGACUGAACAAGAACGAAAUAGCAUUACUGAAAGCUGCCCAGACAUUCAGUAUGAUUAGAGCGCUCUCGGCAUGCAAAGACCAGGUAUGGUUGAUACAGAAUGGAUAUUUACUAAGCCAUUGCUUUUCCAACAUUUUGUGGCAACUGUUUCUAAUAGAAUGUAAAUGAGAAGAAACGUCAAGGACUGCUUUGAAACUCUUUGAAGCGAGUCUUAAGGGACCAACGUGGAGCUGAGUGCAAUGACACGCUGGCUUCAGGACUGUGUGUAAGCCGGUGCAGAAAUGUAGCAGCAGUCGUGUGUGGCUCAGAGCUGGUGAGAUCGUGAAUGAAGAGCGAAAGCUCAUCUGCUUUCUCAAGGUAUCAGUUUCUGGUGCUUAUUUAAGCGUGCAACUCGAGAUUCUUAUUUCUCUACAUCCAUACGUUUGACACUUUCCCACCGCUGAGUUUUCAGCAAUCUUUAUAGUCAGUCGUGGAAGGAAUCUUCAGUGCAAUGCAAGUCAAGCUCAGUCCACAGCAUUUGUGUCGGAAUGUUGAUCAGCACAAAAUUUAAAAAAUGUAGAAAUGUAGAAAACAGCAAACGUCAUGGUUACGAUGAGGCACUUACAAUGGAAAUGAAUGGGGAAUUUUUUGCGGGAAAUUUUGUGAAAGCACUUCUAUUAAUUAUUCUGCUAAAACAUGGGUGUUAUUUGAGCUGCAAAGGAUCAUGUUAAGGUUUUAGCUGUUACGUUAUGACAACAAAGCUGUAAAAUUGGACAGAAAAUUUGUUUUUUUUUAAAUACAAAAACAGUGAAUAUAUAUGUUGUUAUGUCUUGUGGCGGCUCAUUUGAAACUCCGUUGUAAGUACCUCACUGGAACGCAGAUUUUUUAAAGGAAAUACAUUUUUGUGAAAACCAACAAAUGCUGUCAGUUUAGUGCAACGUGUAUUGAAUGUGGAAUAUUCCUUUAAGAAGCGUGAACGAUGUCACGUGUUG